AUGUCACCCAUGUCACUUUGCAACGCUUGUGGGAUCAAAAGCAGGAAGAAGAAAAGAACAAUUUUGGGGAUAAGGAAAGGAAGCAACGAGGAUAGAAGAAAAGGGAAAACGAGCAGCAAUAGCAGCAAGGUUGGUGGUGGUGGUGGUUUGAGCUUGAAGCAUAGUCAGAGACUAUUUGCUUUCGGGAGGCAGGUUUUGAUGCAAUCGCAUUGUAAGAAAUUGGGAGAGGAAGAACAAGUUCCAGUUUUGUUAAUGUCGCUCUCUUAUGGACGUAUGACUGACUUGGCGAUCUGA